AUGCUUCACACGAAGUUAAGGCAUCACGCAAAACGACGUCUUCGAAAGCAAGCGGCCAGAUUACAGAACGUCAAAAAACCCAAUGGCUCUACGGCGGAGAAAGAAGAAGAAGGCGACGAAGAGGAAGCAGACGAAUCUGCAAGACCAAGCCCAGUUUCUAAUCCUGAUGAACAAUACAGCCUCCUAGCCACCACAGUCCAACGACACCAAACCCCAGCCUGGCACCUUCUCCAUACGACAUAUCCAGCUAUGGAGAACAAAUUCCCUAUUGCCUCAACACUCUCCAAGACGAGUACAUGGCUGGCUAAGGAGGAUCAUCCAUUCACAACUGGUAUAACGAAGGCGAAAUUGGAAGCUUUGAAGAGAUCGCCCCGAAACAACAAUCCUCUCGAAGAAAAACAUAACGCAGCUCCUUUCAAAUGGGUCUACUCACGUCACCUUUUGGGUGGCCUACUCCAGGUGGUUGGAGUCCCUGCUCCUAGACCCUGCAGAUCGUGCGAGAGGGGCAAGGGACGCUGGACGACGUGUGUUAUCAGCCACGACCAUUCUUCCAUCGACAUUGCGAAGGGCGCAUGUGCCAACUGCCUAUACAGCACUGCGGGAGAGUACUGCUCAUUCAGAGAGUUGUUACCUAAGGUCACAGCAGAUACUGAUAUAAAUCCUGAACUGCAGCAUCUUGAGGGGAAGGAGUUUCCUACGCACCUCGCAGCCAAGGAUGCUAUCAAACAAGCUCAACAACACAAUGGAUAUCAAAUCGUCCGAAUUUCAAGCAACCUACGACCAGCGAAACCUAUGUUCUAUAGGUUUUGUUGUUUUCGACGCGACGACCUCACUUCAGGUGGCGCUAAAAUUGAUGAUCCCUGA